AUGGCUUCCUUUGUCAGUUCUCUAUUUCAACCCUGGGCAGACAAGCCCUCUACAUUUCAACCCAUACAAUUUAGUCCACAAUACCCACCAUAUGAUACUCAGCAUCAGCCUCAGUCUCAGUCUCAACCUCAAGCACAACCUCAAGCACAGCUUCAAAUACAAUCACAACCACAACCACAACCGCAACCGCAACCGCAACCACACCCACAAUCACAAUCGCAGUCUCCACAAAGCUGGAUAGCAGACGUAGGCUUACUAGUAGAUAAGCUACGGGAUGAUGCAGCCUCAAUGAUCACAUCAAAAUCAAUCCACACCAUGUCCAGUCUGGACAGAAAGAGUAUCGCGCAGGGCAUGCGACUAGUAUCAAUAGCCGCAGACGAGUAUGACGAAGGAAAUGAAGCACUAGGUCUGGAAAUAUAUCUGUCUGGCAUUGACAAGGUUCUCAUGGCCCUACCAAAUAAACCAGACGAAAAGACAAAAAUGGCUUUAAAGGAAAAACUCUCUAGUGUUCAGGAACGCGUUGGGAUAAUUCAUUUGGCUACACUACAUAACAAUCCCGGAUCUCUCUCAAAUUUAUCCGAGUUUCCACCCUCAUUUUCAUACUCACCCUCAUCCUUGCCUUCACCUUCGCCUUCACCACUAUCUCUAUUAUCACCUGUAUUGAAUACCUUUUGGUCAUACAGACCAAAGUCAAUCUGCUCCAAUCAAACUUCACCAGAACCAACCAGUCGAUUCAAAAGAUUCAGUCAACGUGUAAUUGAUACCAGUGUGUCCUUUGCAGUUGUUCAGGAACGCGUUGGGAUAAUUCAUUUGGCUACACUACAUAACAAUCCCGGAUCUCUCUCAAAUUUAUCCGAGUUUCCACCCUCAUUUUCAUACUCACCCUCAUCCUUGCCUUCACCUUCGCCUUCACCACUAUCUCUAUUAUCACCUGUAUUGAAUACCUUUUGGUCAUACAGACCAAAGUCAAUCUGCUCCAAUCAAACUUCACCAGAACCAACCAGUCGAUUCAAAAGAUUCAGUCAACGUGUAAUUGAUACCAGUGUGUCCUUUGCAGUGUUCAUCAAACAAUCUCCCUUGCCAGACUUGGUAUAUCUUGUGUUUGAAAACCUGCUCCGGUUUAUUCUGUGGGCAGAUCACAGAUGGCAGGUUCACCAAAAGAUUGAAGAGGUUGGUAUGAUUUGUGUAAAGGCUCUGUUACGCGCAGAUGAAAGAUACCAUAUCCAUGAAUAUGCUUCAGAAGCUGCCUAUCUGCUGGUUGCCGCUAGUCUCAAAGCCUUGGUGGCCUAUAAAGAAGCUCCCACAUAUCCCCACACCAUUUCUCUUCGAUCAUGA